AUGGAUAAUUUGCUCACACAAAAGACGCCUACAGGCAUGGUGGUUGCUCAGACUGUAGGUAUUACAGCAAGCAUGUUUUUAUUCGGAAGUAACACAUGCCUCUCCGUUGUGGGUAUACACACGGCCAUGGAAGCGCCUGCUCCCCUUGCCGUCAAGCAAUGGUACUCCAUCUUUACCCGAGGCGGAGCAAUUGCCCGCCCACUGGCUAUCCUUUCGGCUCUGGCAACGGGAUAUGUUGCUUACAACCAAGACCCCAGCUCGACGGCUUUCCGUCUGAACCUUGCUUCUACCAUUCUUCUUCCCAGUAUUGUACCUUUUACACUCCUCGUCAUUGCGCCCACAAAUGCCAAGCUCAUGGCUAAGAAAGAAAAGCUUGAAUCCGCCUCGCUGGAGGACAAAGCUGUCGAGGCAAAUGUUGCCCAAGGCGAGACGGUGCAUGAGCUGAUGGAUCGGUGGGCCACGCUCAACAUGGCGAGAACUCUGCUGGUAGGCGUGGGUGCUGUAUGUACUGUGCUUGCAGCAGCGAGCAAGAGAGAAGUCGUGAGAUUUGGGGGCAUGGCCAUCAAGAGCGGAGCAAACAGGUUAUGA